AGCCAUUCGGACAAGUGCUAGUAAACAAUGCUAGCACGUGGUCUCCGCCUCGGUCGACCAGCAUCACGUCUCCUCUGUUAUAAAAUGAAUCAGAGUGAAUAUUUCCAGAACGUGUCGCCGAGGAAGACACGUUCAAAGAAUAAGAAUGGAUCUUUAGGUUCAAAAUCCGAAGUUUCUUGCGAAGACAACCCGACUGUCAUCAACGGCGUGAAGAUAAAGAUUGAAGAGGAAAAAGUUCCACUGUCAAGGAAGCUUUCACGAAAAAAACAUGUCAGCGUCAAGUAUGAAGACUCGUCAGUUGGAGGGCUCUUGACUUCAGUGAAAAAGGAAGAGGAGGAUCAUUCUUUUCCACAAGAACAUUUACUAGACACCGAAAGCAAGUCGUUAAAACCAGGACAGCCAGGUUGGGAACCUCCUAAUUGGCGAGAGGUUUUAGAAAAUAUCAGGAAAAUGAGAUCAGCUCGAGAUGCGCCUGUUGAUAACAUGGGAGCAGAAAAGUGCAUGGAUGAACAAGCAACACCAGAGGUUCGGAGGUUACAUGUGUUAAUAUCUCUGAUGCUGAGCAGUCAGACAAAGGAUGAAGUGACACAUGCUGCCAUGGAGAAGCUACGUGCACAUGGCCUCACUGUGGACAAUGUCUUAGCUACAGAUGAUGCAACUUUAGGCCAACUCAUCUAUCCUGUGGGAUUCUGGAAGAAAAAAGUUACAUACAUUAAGAAAACAUGUGAAAUAUUGAAGAGAGAUUAUGCUGGUGACAUUCCACCCACUUUGGAGCUAAUGUGUAAACUGCCAGGUGUGGGCCCCAAGAUGGCCCACCUCUGCAUGGAUAUCGGAUGGGGUAAACUCACCGGAAUUGGGGUGGAUACUCAUGUGCAUCGCAUUAGCAACCGGCUAGGAUGGACUGGUAAAAACACAAAGACACCAGAAGACACUCGGAAAGCACUAGAAUCAUGGAUGCCAGAAGAAAUAUGGAGUGAAACAAACCUCCUCAUGGUAGGCUUUGGUCAACAGCAGUGUCUUCCUGUUGGCCCAAAAUGCUAUGACUGCUUAAAUGUCAAUCUCUGUCCCUUUGGGAGGAACCCUUCAAACAGGUCAGCAAGAAAACGCUCGCCAUCAAAAUCACCACGGAAGAAUGUGGCAAAGACUAUUAAGACUGAGUAGAAAGAUUUGCAUGUGAAGCAGUGAUCUAUCUUCCUCUAAUUAGAUUUAUUUUUUUUGUAUGGUAGCCUAGUUUAUGAAGUGCAUACUUCAAUAAUUUAACCCAACUGAUUUUUUUUUUAACUUACUGAUUUUUUUAAAAUAUGACUUU